CGUCAUGCUCCGCUGGCUACUCAUCGUCGUUGUGAUUGCCGCCGCCGGAAUAUUCCUUCUCCUCCUCUUUUGCGUUAUCAGACGCUUCUGCGGCCACCAUAAACCACCGCCACAACAACAACCAAUCCAACGGGCAUCCUCUUUACAAAAUGGGAUUUCUAAGCUUCAUCAUCAAGAAAGCGUUUUCAAUAAUAAACGACGAACAAAUUACUAUGUUCUCCGACGUGGGAUUUCCUCAAAAGCCCUCUUUAAUUGGUCGGAUAAUCCUUCUCUGAUCACCGAUGCGGUCGAAAACGGAUGGUCACGAUUCGCUUUCACUAACUACAUCUCUUCCCCUUCCAUCCAACCGAAUAGGUCUAUUCUGGGUUACUGCGCUCCCACCGGUGACGGCGGAGUAAAAGACGUCGAGAUGGUGGAAAUCAGUUGGGAGGUUUGUCAGGGAUCCGCCGAUUUCAUGCAAAAGAUUCGGCUUAAUUCGGGUUUACAGAAAAUCGUCACCACCCCCAGUUCUUCAAUGGCGGCUGCUUCGGUGAUUAAAUCGGCGUUGCCUUUACCCGGUCCGGCGUUGGGGAACUCGUCGCCGUUCCCACAGGAAGCGUAUUUCGAAAUUACGAUUUUGUCCACCUACGAGGAUGAAAUCGAAAUCAAUUCAAACGAAAAGGUAAGGGCAAAUAAGGGAGAUGGGGAGAAGAUUAAGCUGAUUCAGGAGAAUCCCGCCGGCGAAAACGCUUCAUCGGAGUCUUUGAUUCAUGUAACGAGCAGCAACAGCAAUGGUAUAAAUACGAGGGGUGUUCUUGCCAAAAAUGAAGAGUUGAAGGGCCGAACUGGUGGUAAGGAUAUAGUGGAAGGUAAAACGGAAAUGCGUAUCGUGUUGUCGGUGGGGCUCGCCGGAGGUGGUUCACUUCCGUUGAAGCUGCCGGGAAGUUAUCCGGGAUCGGUCGGCUUCAACUCCGACGGCUCUGUUUAUCUUGAAGGAGUUAAACUCGCAACAGAAUCAAAAUCAGAAUCAGAAUCGGGCGAAUGGGGAAGAGCUGAAAAGGUGAUUGGUUGCGGGUACAACCCGAGCCAAAAGAAAGUUUUCUUCACCGUAGAUUCUAAACUUGUAGGUGAAGUCCAUUGCACGACAGAGGAAUUCACAACACCAUUAUACCCAACGUUGGCUGCAAACAGUGACGUUACAGUACUCGUAAAUUUUGGGCAAAGUGUCUUUAAAUAUACACAAGCUAAUUUGCACCGAACACCGAAUCCUUGUUUCAUUGGACCAAUGGCAAGUUCUCCAAUCAUAGGGUUCGAAGAUAGUAAAGAGCUUUUCUCAAUGGGAAGAAUAGAUGCACAUUGGUUAGAUCGAUCUACAAAGAGGAGCACACAGUAUUUCGGCAGUGUUAAUAGAGGAAUGUCUGAUUACGACGAGUCUUCUGAAGGGGAUUUGUUUGAAAUCGUGUUAGAUAGUAAUAGUCGUGGAAGAUCGCCAAGCACACAUUUCCAGUGAAAGAUACAUACGUUUAUUAUUAACUUUUUUUCGUUGGUCAGAUGUAAAUUGAUUCGUUGUAGGCUAAAACGCCUUGAAACAUUAUAACCACACGAGGAUGCCUUUUCUAAGAAUAAACGGUGGGACUAUAGAUUCGUUCCUAAGAAUCCCUCGUUUAACUUUUAGCGUCAUUUAGGGCACAUCGGCUGUUGCCAUUCUAUUGCUAUUGUGUAUCUUCUACCUUUUUCUGUAGAAAGAUGCAAUGGAAUA